CGUCAACUCAAUCCCGUGACUCGCCUUCGACCACCGCAUCACCGCCGUCCCAGGACUCCCUCCGUCCAUCACGACCUCGCGGCCUUCCAACCACCUCACCAUCCUCACUUUCGCUCUCAACCGCCUAUGAUCUCUGUUUUCCCCAAUCCCUCGCCCACAGAUCUCCACCACUAAAGCCUCUGCUCUAGGCCGAUGGCCCAUCGCCUCCGAUCUUCACCAGCUCGGUCGCGGCUAUUCGCCGCCGUCGAGCUCGAGCUCGGCCGGCGAACUUGAGCCUCAGGUUUUUUAUCUAAGCUCGAGCGAGCCCUAGAUUCGACAUCAUGAGUCCAGCCCGACCUCGGACCUGGGUUGAUUCGAGGUCAACCAGGGCCGUCGUCAAUCGCUGGUGGGACGAGUUCUUGCGGCAAGGAUGAGUUGGAAGAGAGACAUGGGGGUUGGGGCGGUCGGGGGCGUGACGGGGACAGCUGCGAGUCGGCCCUCGCUUGGGAGGGGAGCUGUUGGCCAACCGGCGACGUCCUGGCGCUCGGACGGCGGCGGGGCUGCGUCGGCGGAGUGUGGCGGGGCAAGCGACGGCAAACGACGACAAGUCCGGUGGUGGUGGUGGUGGUGGUGGUGACAAGGUGAGAGGCUUCCACAAGCUUCCCAGAGUCCCCAAAAUGGAUAGCUCUGUGUUCUCUGCUACAAGUGACGGAUGCGGUGGGCCUAAACACGGCGGAGGGUCGCUGGAUCUUCGACGGUGGCUGGGUUGCGUAGUCGUCACCCAUUCAUCACCUCCGACUUCAUCUCUUCGACCACAGGAAUUGCUGGCGGAAGAAGGAUUCGCGGACGGGCAGCUAUUGUCCACCGCCUCAGUGAAGUUCCUGGAUAUGACGCGAAGCAAUGAGCUGAAACAAUCGCCUUUGCCCUUCUGCCGCGAUCGGACAAGCCUCGAGUUUGCAGAUCAGAAACCCAUCAGGCCCAAUAGGUGGAGGAGUAGUUCGUCGGCUUCGAUGUCCAAAAGGGCCGCUUCUAUAUCAGAGAGAUUGAAUGCUAGUAAGUCACUGGUGUCAGAGAUAAGAGAUGAGCCUGCCAUCGAUAUGGUGGCUAUCAAAGCAGUGAUCUCCAUACUAAGUGGCUAUGCUGGCCAGUACGUGAAGGAUGAGAGCUUCAGGAUCAGCAUCCGCGAGAAACAUGCUUCUUGCUUGGCACGGAAGAAAAAGAAUGCCGAUGAUGAGAUCCUAAAGAGCAUCGAAAUGGGCAUCGAUGGCAUAGAGAAGUUGGUGGACGUUCCAGGCAUAAAAAGAAAGGAGCUGAGGAUGAAGUCCCUGAGAAAUUCCAUUAGGCUUCUGAAUGUUGUCGCAUCUUUGAAUUCGGAGAAAACAAGGAACGGUUCCACUUGUGGGAUACCCAAUUCAUAUCUCUCAGCUUGCGCUCAAUUGUACCUCUCCAUUAGCUACAAGCUAGAGAAGAAUGAUAGAAUCUCAGCUAGGCACUUGCUUCAGGUUUUCUGCGAUUCACCAUUUCUUGCUAGGACUCACUUGCUUCCUGACCUGUGGGAGCAUCUCUUCCUUCCUCACCUUCUUCACCUCAAGGUUUGGUACACGAGGGAAGUCGAAUUCCUUUCAAGCUCGGAUGAUGUUGAGGGCGAGAGGAAAUUGAAAAGCUUAAGCAAGUUGUACAAUGACCAACUGGAUAUGGGCACUGCUCGGUUUGCGCUUUAUUACAAACAGUGGCUUAGAGUUGGGGUUGAGGCUCCUUCAGUUCCCGAUGUGCCUUUGCCAUUAAAACCGAGCCAUGAAUUUUCAAGGAACGUGAAACCACAAAGAACACAUAGCCACAGAUCAUCUCGAAGGCAAUCGCUGGAUUCAUAUACUACACAUACCUCAAUUAGUGGAGAUCUAUACCAAGCAGUGUUUGGCCCCCAACUGGAUGAACAAUCUAUGGACCUCGAGCUUAGAAGUAGAAAAUUUGGUUCAGUUGAUGAAGGGAAUCCCUGUACUAGUGAAGAAAACUGUAGUAGCACCAGAAUCAUUCAUAACGAGACUCUUCGAAUAUCAUCAAGAAAAUAUUGCGAGAAUCAGAAAGUUGAUCUGUGGCCUAAGACGCAGAAAUCAAACUACUUCUCAUUGUUUAACUGCCAAAGUGUGCCUAUCCAGUGCCUGGUUAGCGGAAACCGCAUCUUCAGCAAUAGCCAGAAUAAACUGGAAGCAAUUGAUCCUCAUGUCUCCGAUGAUCUAGGUAAAGCCAUCUCCCGUUUAUGUUGCUCCGAUAUUCUAAGCGAAUGUGAAACUGCUGUCCAUGUAAUAACAAAAGCCUGGUUGAGCUCGCAUGGUGAUCACACCAUUGAAGCAUCAAUAUCGAAAGCCCCGGUCAUUGAGGGGAUGCUUGAGGUUUUAUUUGCAUCACAAGAUGAUGAAGUUCUUGAGCUAGUGAUCUCACUGUUAGCAGAAAUGGUGGUGCGAAAUGGGAGUACCAGCCAGAUAGUUUUGAGCUCUGACCCGCAGCUUGAGAUCUUCAUAAGGCUUCUGAAAUGUUCGAGUGUAUUCCUAAAAGCUGCCAUUCUGCUUUAUCACUUGAAACCAAAGGCAAAGCAGAUGAUAUCCACCGAGUGGGUCCUGCUCAUCCUUCGAGUCCUCGAGUUUGGCGACCAACUGCAGACCCUUUUCACCGUUCACUGUGCUCCUAAAGUAGCUGCCUUCUACAUGCUAAACCAACUUGUUUUCGGUUUUGACGAGGACAAAAACUUGGAAAAUGCUAGAGAUGUAGUCUCACUUGGGGGAUUGAAUCUUCUUAUGAAGCUGAUCGAUGUAGGAGAAUUUCAUGAGAGGAUAAAUGCUGUGGUUCUCACAUCAUGUUGCAUCCAAGCUGAUGGGACAUGUCGCAAUUAUGUCGCUCAAAAUAUAAACAAGGCUUCUCUGCUCGAAUUGAUUGUACUUGAAUACCAAACGAAAUCUACUCGCGCUUUGAAUCUACUUAUUGAGUUUCUUUGCCUUAGCAGAAGGUCACAGAUAAACAAGUUCCUGGAUGGAGUAAAAAGUGGAUGGGGCGGGCUGAAUGCUAUGCACCUCUUGCUGAUCUACCUCCAGAAAGCUUCACUGGAAAAACGCCCGCUGUUUGCCACCAUUAUACUGCAGCUUGAUCUUCUGGGAGACUGCGGGAUGUGCAGUUUAUACAGAGAAGAAGCACUCGAGGCGAUCAUUGCAGCUUUGGAUUGUCAAUUAGUCGGUGAAAAUAUCCAAGAACAAGUGUCGAGAAGUCUCCUGAUGCUCGGAGGCCAUUUUCUUUUGACAGGAGAGCCAGUGACUGAGCAAUGGCUGCUGCAGAAGUUGGGUUUUCCAGAAGAUCCAGACAUGGCACUCCACGCCAAAGAUACAGCUCUCGUUACUACAACGCCCAGGGACGAAGAGGAAGAGGAAACCGAGAACUGGCUAAGGAAAACAGCACUCGUCUUGCUCAGGAACGGCAGAAUGAGGUUCUUGACUGCCCUUGCGGGUGCAAUUGAAAAUGGUAUCCCUGUAUUGGUGCGAGCUGGCAUCGUCACUGUGUCAUGGCUGAGUGGAUUUCUCCAUUUGGUCGAAGAUGGAGGUCUACGGUUGGAGGCGUGCUCAAUUUUAAUGCCACUGAUGCUAAAGUCAUUGAAGUUUGAUAGAGCCGUGGAGGAGAGAGUCUUGGCAUCAUCCUCGCUUCUAAAUCUCAUCAAGGCUUCAGGUUGUUUAUCGACGCUCUCUGUGCUGAAUGAGGAAUCGGUGAGCCUUCUGCGCAACCUCUCCCUAGUGACAUGGACGGCCGAUGAGCUCUUGUCCUUCAUCACCACCCACUCAAGGCACCCAAGUGGCCUGGGAGCUUGAAAUGCUGAAUACGAGAAAUCAGGUUGUACAAGUGCAGAAUCGGCAAUCAAAAGUCAUUAGGUGGACUGGCUUUGUAAUGUUUUCAUCAGUCUCCUCUUCUAUGAUGUUCUCUGUAACCGAGCUCUGUAGUUACUUCGAUAUUAUACGGUGAAACCGCGAUAUACUUAAGGCGAUGGCCGCAACCAGUUUCACAACAAAGUAGUAGUCAUAUUAUGUACUGUUCUUAUACGUGAGCUCUAUCCAAGGUAACACAUAAACUACUAUGUUUGCGGAAA